AUGAAGCUCUCCGCCGCCGUCGCCAUCUUCCCCCUCCUGGCUCCCGCCCUCGCGGCCCCCAGCGCCAACCUCAGCGAGCGUGACAUCGCAACAAUCAAGAACGUCCUCGGCGACAUCGACACCCAAGUCAACAACCUCGGCAGCGCCAUCACCGCCAAGCCCCUCCAAGCCGACUCCAUCGUGUCGCAGGCCGACAAGCUCUCCACCACAAUCACCUCGGGCACCUCCACCGUAAACGGCCAAGACAAGCUCUCUCAGCUCGACGCCCUGGGUCUCGUCUCACCCACCCAGAAGCUCGCCGACGACACCGACAAGACCAUCAAGUCCCUCAUCGGCAUCAAGUCCAACGUCAACAGCCUCGGCAAGGGCUGUGUGACCCUCCAGUCUCUCCAGAAGCUUGACGAUGGCGCCAAGUCCUUGUCGAGCGCGAUCGUGAGCAAGGUCCCCAGCGCUCUGGGCGACAUCGCGGGCAACCUGGCCGACAGCAUUGCCGAGCACAUCCAGAAGGGCAUCGAUGCGUACCAGGGGGCUUGUGACAAGAAGGCUGAGGCUCCCGAACAGCCUGCGGAGACAAAGCCCGCCCCCGCUGCCACCCAGGCUCCUGCUCCCGCUCCCGCUUCCGCUUCCACUGAGAGUGCACAGUCCACCAAGGCUCCUGUCUCCAAGCCCAAGGGCUCGUGCGCUGCUCGCAACUAG